AGAGAUAUCUUCAAGUCAGUACGUUAAAGCCAUAGACGACGAAGCACCGAAUGUUUCAGUGAUUGUGCAUUUAUAUGAAAACGUGAGAUUACUAAACGAAUGUUUAGCUCAGUUGGCAAGAAAAUUUGUUUGCGCUAAAUUUCUUCGGAUUUUAGCACACGAUUUAGAAUUUGAUUCAGUGGGUUUGCCAGCGGUAUUGGUUUAUAAGAAUGGCAAGUUAAUUGUAAAUCUGGUUAGAAUAACCGAAGAAAUUGGGGAGAACGAUUUCAACAUUGAGAUUGUCGAAGAUGUUUUAAUUAGAUCGGGAGCGCUGGAUCCAAAUGAAGAUGUUGAUAAAUGA